AUGUCUUUCUUCAAGGCCAUUGUAAACACACUCUUCCUCAGCUCUACCCCCGCUGAACGCCCUAAGCUUCGGCGGGUCGACAAACCGGUGCCACCGUCGCCACCAGGCGUCCCCGAGUUGCUGGCCAAGAUCUCCAUCAUGUCCGUCACCACCAGGCUCGUCAUCCGACAUAUGCAGACAACCCUCGACCUUUACGAUACUGGCCGCACCAUUGUUGAGAACUUCCUCGAUAGCGAACCCCACGCUAUCCACCGCGUAUUGGACUUUCGGCCACCGCCACACAAAUAUCCGUUCUCGCACAUGGUCGCGAUACGGCAGUUCAACGGUACCCCUGGCAGCCUCAUCCUCACCCCAUAUUCCCUGGCUACUACGGCCAUUAAUCGCUCGCCCCUGCUCCUCACUCCAGGCAAAGAUGUCCCCUCAUUCACGAAACUCUUCGCCGCUCUGCAUAAAUCGGUCAACUCACCCGUCAAGGUCUCACUGUCGCCACUCCAACCUCAUCGCUCGCGUUCCAAUGACCCUUUCGCUCCAAACCACUCGCGUCGCGCACCCCCGCCCGAGUGGAUCCCCACAGAAAUCGUCACCCAACCGGCGCGCGCCACACCACCAAAGCGCGGUCUUCUCGCGGCUCGUCGCGGCGUGUUUGCAUGCCCGACCACCUCUGCCACGACAAUCGAAGAUGGUGUCGGCGAGGGUCAUGGGAUCGCCCCAGGGGCCGCCGAGGCCCGGCCUUCGGAGGAUGCGGCACUUUCCACGGACGUCGCACAGGACUUAGAUGUCUAUGCUUCUCUGCGGAAUAAUUCGGGGUGGGUAGCUACGGAGCUCAAUAUACCGGCUCCACCGGGUCUGCGUGCGCCUUGGCUCAAGGCAGACGACGUCCCUCGGCCUGUUGUGCCACCGCCACAUACCGACGCGCGUGAGGGUAACACCCAAGCGCCCGAUGUCGCUGCACAAGGUUCACCGGCAAGCGAGGAGCACCGUACCACCGAACCCACCGUCCUGACAUUCCCCACCAAGAAAGAUGACCCCAACCAAACGACAUACACAUUGUUGGGCAGGAUCGGGAAAGGCGGCUUCGGGCGCGUCAUGCUCGCGCGGAGACAGCGGAAGACCGAGGACAAGGUGCUCGAGACCGAGGUCGCGAUCAAGGUUCUGCGCAAGGACGUGCAAUACGCGGAUGAAUUCGGUCGCGACUGGGCGUUGCAUGAGUUCAAGGUAUUGAAGGCCGCAAGUGGCACUACGCCGUAUUGCACACAGCUCCUGUCGGCGUGGCAGGAUUGUGAAAAUAUCUACUUCGUUAUGGACGUAUACCCGCGGAGCCUGAGACAACACCUCGGGCAUUUAUGGCGUGGGUAUAAACAUAUCGAGACUGAGGAAGCACGGUUAUAUUGCACGGAACUGUUGCUCGGUUUGGAUUAUUUGCACACCGAGCUGGGAAUUAUACACCGGGACAUCAAGCCGGACAACAUCUUGAUGACUUAUGACGGAAGAUUGGUCUUCGGUGACUUUGGCCUGGCGCACACGAUUAUGUCGUAUGACAUAGAGACACCCAUCAUGGGUCCGGACUGCCGCGCUGGAACCCCCGGGUACUACGCCCCCGAAGCCUGCGAUCCCGACUGCGAGGAAAAAGGGAUCAACUACAAGGUCGACGUCUUCAGUUUGGGCCUCGUUUUCGCGGAGAUACUUGGUCCUUCAGCCGCGCUGUUCGGAUAUGAGGUUGAGAAGGACGGGAAGAUGGUCACGGACCAGUGGGAAGAAAUGGCAGGGGAUGCCAUCGAGAAGAGGGUCUCUCAAUUAUUGCUUGACUCGGACGUUGCGCGCGAUCUCGUGGGCAAGAUGCUACAGAGAGAUCCCGCCAAUCGACCAUCGGCGGGAGAGCUGUUGAGCCUGGAGUACUUCACUCGGGUCGACGUGGGUAGCGUGAGGAGGGGCGAACACGUCCAUUACUACAAGCCGCCACGGCCGGAAGUUAACGAAGCAGAGAAGACUUUGCAGUUCAGCGACCAUCCGCUCAUGAUUUCGACGGGCUACGAGCGCAACCAAAGUCAGCAGAGAGGGAUGGACCUUUCAGCCGGAGAUGCGUUCCGCUUCGUCCUGUCGGAAUAUGCCCCGCAAGUCGACAGCCAAGCUUCGACGGUGGAGAACAUGGGGCCGUCGUGGUGGGAUGGGAAGGAAGUGCCUGCCUGGGAAGAGGACCAGGAUACCGACCGGGGAGAAGAUAAGGACGCGGGUUGGGGCGAGAAUUGUUUUACAGGCUGGGAGGACAAUCGGACGACAGGCUGGGAAGAGAAGGAGACGGUAGAAGACGAAGAAGAAGCAGAGAUACAAGAGGGAGACGAGAAUGAGGAUGAGGAGGACGGCGAGGUGAAAUGGGCCGACUCUGAUAACAGCACUCUCGACCUGGGGUUGCUUCCGGUCCUGCCUCGCGCUCUUGACAGGGCGCUGGAUCUUGGUUGGGACUUGAGUCCCUUCGAUAUACCUACGAGCUCCUAG